AUGCAAUCAAUAUUAAGUUAAUGUGGUGCUCUUGAUGAGGAAUUCCUAAUUUUGGUCCCUACUAUUGAAACUAUGGUUUAGGAAUUGUCUGUGGUAAGUCGAGAAUUCGUUAGUUCUAAAUUGGAAUUUCUUAAAAAAUAUUCAACUUCUCUUAAAUCAAGUCAGAUCGAUGCUCGAAUCCAUCGAAACCAGCAAACUCGGAAUCUCAUUGAAUAUGUGAAAAUGCAUAGACAAUCAAAAACCAAAUCAGUAAGUUAAAUUUGUACAAGUAAGCACAAAUAGAAAUUUCAUACUGAUUCUGGAUGGAGUGGCAUCCAGAAUUGCUAUUCCACAUCUUGUUCAACUAUACAAACUUCAGAAUUCACUGCAGUCUCGCAGCAGAAGAAUAAUAAAACUAUAUCAAUAAAAACACUUAAGCAACUUAUUACAAAAUAAAAAAAACAUUAAUAAAAGACAAAUGAAUAAAUUUUUAGAUUAAUUAAUAAAUGUAUGAAUUUAAUAUCCGAAAAUUCACAUCUAUACCCAUAAUACCCAAGCUUAUUAGAAGAGUACAAGAAUAUACGCUAAAACAAUUCCAGCCUAGAACAAAAGUUGAAUCUAGAGAAAAAGUCCUAGUAAGUUAAAGAAAAUUUCAAGAAGCUAAUGCAAAGUUAAGAAUCAUUCAAAUCUUACUUAAAUUCAGUCAUUUGA